ACAAACGUUAUAAGGUUAUACUUAUAAUAGAGAAAGUUCAAUUUGAUAUUAGGAGAACUCGUGAACUAACCUGCAGACCUGCAACUGCAGAAAGCUAAGUGGCUAAGUUUUGCCUUGUGCCUCACAACAAUGGGCAAUUUCUGUAUCGCAAUCUCGCAAUUUGUAAAUCUGCAUUAAUUUCUUGUAAAGGUCCAAUACAAAAUUGUGCUCUGGGCACGGAGCUCUGGGUCAUUAGGAGGCGCCAUGUCUACCGAGUGCAGCGCUGGAGACAGCGUCGUUUGCGACAACAUGUCCGUCAAAAAGGACACCGAGGGCGACAUGAACGCGAAGCUCAACCAAGAAGAGACCCCCGAAAGGCCACCGAGCCGGGACACGGCGUCGCCAGAAAACAGUUGUGCCAUAUGUCUCAGCAGUCCAGAGAACAAGUCCUUUACAGACAGCUGCUUUCACACGUUUUGUUUCUCUUGUUUAUUGGAAUGGUCCAAGGUGAAAGCUGAAUGUCCUCUGUGCAAGCAACGCUUCAAGAGCAUAGUGCACAACGUCCGCUCUUUCGAAGACUACGACAGGUAUUUUGUGAACAACGUAGUGAACAAUGUGAACAUGGCACCAGUGACAUGGGGCCCAGACGGCUACCACACACGUACUCUUCAGCGGUUCAGGUUUCCGACGACGUUGACCCGCGAGCGCCGACAGCAGCAGGCCAUGGAGCGCAGGCUGGAAGCGCUCAACUGGGGAGCGUCCAGGCGCUCCAGAUCCAUAACGGUCGCGACGCGGGGUUCUCCGCUUCCGACGACAAGCAUUGAGAGGCGCAACCUGUACGACCUCAACCUCUGGGUGCGGCCCAGUACGAUCCGGUACAGAGAAGCGUCACCAGAGUUCUAUCGGACCAAUCCAGCCUGUACCCACCGUCUCAUUCCGUGGCUCAACCGGGAACUCGUAGCCCUGUUGGACCGCAACGAGGGGCAAGUAGCGUUCGUGAUGGAGCUCAUCCUGGCGCUCAUCGUGCGCUACGACGUCCGGAGCGCGGAGUUCCUGGAACACGUCUUGCCGUUCUUCCAGAACAGGACCGGACACUUCAUCCACGAAUUCUACUGCUUCGCCACGUCCCCUUACGACAUGGUCGCCUACGACCGCACAGCGGUUUACGAGUCCAUGGAAGAAGCCCUCGCGAGAGGUUUCAUAACGUCUUCCCUCACCUCUCUCGACGAACGGGGUCGGGAAGAGAGCGUCCCGGCCGAACCGGCGCCACCCGUCGAUCCGAGCCAACCCGGGCCGAGCGGGUUGAGCAUGAACGCGACCGUCGACGUCGAAAGCGACUCCGACAACUCCGACUGCGUGCUGGUGAACGUCGUGAAGCCGACGAGAGAGCGCACCCCGGUUGUGAUCAGUCUAGUUUCGUCGAGCGACGACGAGGCGCCCAACGCGUCCGCGCCUCCGCCUGCCGCCGUGCCGCCGCAGGAGAGGCGGAGGAAGAAACGGAGCGAAAAGUCGGAGAAGAAGAGCAAAGCGGCGCACAAGAGCUUGCCCAAGCCGUCGGUCGCCUCACGCCUGAAGUACGUCUGCAGCGACUCCGACACUUCCUCGGACGAAGGAGGAGGAGGAGGAGGGCGGAGGCGGACGCUCACGGUGACGCGAGAAGGGGACGUUAAGCUGAGGAUCAGGAGCUUCGUCGGGUCGUUCAGUGCCGGGGGGUCGGGAGACGCUUCGGGGGAAGACUCGUCGUCGAGGGACCGUCAGCGUUCCCACAGGAGCCACCACAAAAAAUCGAAGAAACAUAAGCACCGUCACAGACGCUCGUCGAGUGAAUAAAAAAAAAAAAAGACAUGUAUGGAGCCGUGUAAUAUAAAGACAUUGAUGCAACGAAUGUGAUAUUUGAACGCGUGUGUAGAGAACUUUUCCUUCUGCUAGUUUCACAUUUUUGGCACAUAUAUUGUUGCUUGUUCUUACCAUUGCUCUGAAGAAUGAAUUUUUUUUUUGUAUGUUAACUGGCAAUGAAACUUCCGGGACAUGGGACGUCUAUGCGACCAUUGCUCAGGACUUGUGCUUGCGUGGCAAGUAUUGCACAGGUUGACCCAGUCUUGUAGAAGUGAAUACUUACAUUUGUUUUUUGUAAACGACUCACAAAGUCCGGAUGCUGCAAGGUUGCGAAAUCGCCUGCUAUCGGUGCAUUCAUCUUGACGUCUCAGACUGGCCGGUGACAUUGCCAAUGCGGCAGAAUUUCCGAGUAAAUAAAUUGGGUAUUUGCAAAGCA